ACUGUGGAGUACAACAUCUUUGAAGGCAUGGAGGUGCGCGGUGGGCCUCUGGUGGUGAUCAGCCAGGGCAAGAUCGUCUUGGAGGAGGGGAACCUCCACACCACCGAGGGCUCGGGACGCUUCGUGGCCCGUAAACCUUUCCCUGACUAUGUCUACAAGAGGAUAAAGGCUCGCAGCAGGCUGGCGGAGCUGAGGGGCGUACCCAGAGGACUGUAUGACGGUCCGGUCUGCGAGGUGUCGGUCACCCCUAAAACCAUGACUCCUGCCUCCUCUGCCAAGACCUCACCUGCCAAGCAGCCCAACCAGCCUGUCCGCAACCUGCACCAGUCUGGAUUCAGUCUAUCUGGUGCUCAAAUCGACGACAACAUUCCCCGCCGCAACACCCAGCGCACCCUGGCGCCCCCAGGUGGCAAGUCCAACAUCGCCAGCCUGGGUUAAAGCUCCAACCUCGGCAGCUGAGGAGGAAACGGAGAUUUGAGGGGGAAAUGGCCGACGGGAGCAAAAGGGUCGAGAAACCACAUCACGACACCGGGAGAGCCCCGCCCCCUUUCUGCACCGGGCGGCCCUUUAGCCUCGAUCUUUGACUUCCUUCUCUGCUGCUUGUUCAUGCACCCACUCCUCUUCCUCUUCCCCAAUCCCUGAUCCUAGAGGACACUGCUAGAAACAAAACAACAAAUAAUGAAAAAAGAGAAAAAAAUGAAAACACUCCUUAUUUGAGCACUUUUUAAAGCAUUAUUUAGUUUUUUUUAUAAUGUACCUUCUCCCUGCCGUGUCUCCUUUGGAUGUUUGUUAUACUGUUGUUUUAAUAGAGGGGUCAAGACUAAACUGAAUUAAUACAGUUCAGAAAAGAGGAUACAUUUCAUGCAAGAUGUCCAUUAUUUCCCAUUUUCUCUUUUACGUUUGGGAGUAAUUAUCGGAGCAUGGGUCCAAAACCAGUUUUGUUAUUUACUCACUUUGGUUUGAAAUAGGCCAAACGAUAGGUUGCUUGAAAUUGAAUAGUCUUGCAGUUUACUCAGCUGCCAAGAAUCUAGUUCUUCCAUCAAGCUGGUGACUUCCUGUGAUUUGUCUUACGUUGCAUUUCAAUCGCUUCACUUUCCAGGGCAUCGGCCAUCUGACAACGCACCGCUGCGAUCAAUGCGGAAUUGAUUAUUUGCCACGAGGACGGCCCUGAGAUUUUUGAAAAAUGUAGCAACACAGGAAUCUUUUACGAGAGUUCGCCCAUCUGUGGCUGAGCUGAGGUACAUGAGUAAAAGAGCAUAUUGCAAAUUUGGCAGCUGCGUUUAGAGCUUGUGAGUUGGCGGGGGAGGGGAAAGGGUGUUGUGCAGCAGAAGGAGCUUUGGCAGGUAGUAAAUAGAGCUUUAUGCCUCAUCUCUGAGCGCUAGGGCGAUGGUCAAGUGAGAGGAUUGAAGGAAAGAUUUAGGAAAGAGCGUCAGUUCAAGGCCUUAUUGCUUCUUAGCGGCGUCCUCAUAGAGAACUUGUGUGUGGAAGGUGCCGUUCACUACGCAGCUACUUAUGUUUCCAGUUUGUGAAUCACAACGGUACAAAUUUUCCGCUCGACAGCUAUUGAAGCACCUCGAUAACCGUCCAUCACCAACCAGUGCAUUUACACACAGAAUGUUUCUCCGCCUCCAAAUGUGACUCUUUUGUACUCAUCGAAGUCCCUCUCUCCUUUCCACUCUUUAUGUGCCUGAACCCACAGAAGUUGUACUGAUAGUUUGAUCUUUAUGUUUGUUUUUUCUUGUGUUGGUGUUCUUAUUGAGGUAAGUGAAGGAUGUAAGAUAAAUAAAAGAUGUAAAAUAGCCAGGA